AUGUUGUCCGUCCUGGAGUACGCGCUGCUCUGUGGUAGCCAGGCAAAGGGAAGCUCUGGGGUAAGGAGGGGAUUCCGCGAGACAUUGUUCGACUUGCUCGAUGAUGGGCAGUCCCUGCUUCGCCUACGGGCCGCCUCGCGCCAAAUGCACCACAUCAUCGGUCAUCGCCCUGGCCGGCUGUUCCGGAGGUUGUACGUCAAAGCACCUAUGAACGAUGAAGAGGAUCAACUUGCAUUGGAGAGAGCUGCCCCUUUCUGUCAUAGUCUCACCAUUACCAUCACAUCUACCGAAAUGGAGAAAAGCUUGACGACAGAUCUCGCUCGAGGUGGCCGCAACAACCUCCUCGAGCUGGUUCGUGGCAGAAAUGCGCAAUCAAGGAUGACAACGUCCAGCUACGAUGCCGCAAGCAUAUACUCCACAGUCACAGGACUCACAGCACGCAUGUCCGUCCCGCCCGCUCAACUAUCACAUUCCGACCAAGUCGCACAAGAGCUGUCACGCAGACAGUGGCUCAGUAUUUUUUCUUGCUUCCGCCAACUCCAGACCCUCACCUUCCGGAUCCAUGGUGAUCCCGCCUGGCCCGGCCGGAAUGAGGUAGAAGACUUACUCAUCACAAUCCGUGCAGCCCUUGAACAGACUGAUCUUCCACACCUUACUGAAGUGCAACUCAAGCCCAUCCACGCAAUGGGUAUCGUACACCUCCGCUGGACUGGUCUCUCCGCCUUCGGGCCGCCGCCACGCCUGCCAACGCCGACAAAGCCUCCUAUAAUCUGGCACCGCCUAACAAUCCUCGACAUCCAUCUCCGGAACCCCUUCACGACCUCUCAACUCACACCUGCUCAGCGCCUCAUGUUCAAGAAGUUAUUGUACGACUACCUCCGUGCCUUUACUUCCACGCUUCAAAGCCUGCGCUUCGUUUGGCUCGAUGGCGAAGGGCCCAGUCCUCUCACCUUACACCAUGAAGACGGACUAGCCAGGUCUCGUCUGCCUUUGCAGUGGCACGUCCUGGAGACACUGUGGUUGGGUAACAUUACCUUUCCGCACAGCACCAUUGCUUUAGCGAGCCGGAUGGCGCCGAAGUUGAAGGGAUUGUGGAUGCUGCGGAGUACGUGCAUGAAUGAAAGACGCCUCAAUCUUGAUGCACACGAUAUGUGGGUGGAGGUCCUGUCUCGGAAUCAGACAUCAGCUGCGGCUGGAUUGCAAGACAAUACGAGUAGCGUCUCCAGUCAAAGUGCAAGGACGAGUGCGACGCCGUGGGCGAGUGGAAUCAGUCGGGUUGAGGGUCGAUACCGAUAA